UUGACAGCUGUCUCGUGUUGUAGCGCUGCUAAUCUGGACACUGUUUUUAACGAUUAAAAAAACUACGUUUUUGUCGUCGGCUCCAGACAAAAAACAUGGAGAAGUACGAGAAGGUGUUGUGUCUGGGCAGGGGAGGAGCGGCGGACGUGUUCCUGAUGAGGCACGUAGAGCGCAAGAGCCUGCACGCGGUGAAGAGGAUAAAAGUAGAGGACGCAAGGACAGCAAAAACACAGAGGACAAUCCUCCAGGAGGCUGAGAUCAUCAGGAGGCUGGAGCACCCUCAUGUAGUAACGUGCAGCGAUGCCUUUGUGAACUCUGAUGGAUUCAUUUACAUUGUGAUGAACUACUGCGAUGGUGGGACAUUAGAUGACAAAGUGAAAGAGAGGAAACCAAAUGAGUAUUUCACUGAGGAUACUGUGAUAGGGUGGUUUGUACAGGUCGCUGUGGCUUUACAUUACAUACACUCUGCUAAAAUACUACACAGGGACAUCAAAACAUCAAAUGUACUGCUAACAAAGCAAGGCAUGGUGAAGUUAGGGGACUUUGGGAUAUCCAGAGUAAUGACCAACACGGCUGACAUGGCCUCCACGUGUGUUGGGACACCGAGCUACCUCAGUCCCGAGCUCUGCCAGGAUGUACCAUAUAGUUCUAAGUCUGACAUCUGGGCUCUUGGCUGUCUGCUGUAUGAGAUCUGUGCUCUCAGACCUCCAUUUUCAGCCACAAACCUGUUGAGUCUGUUCUACAAGAUCACUAAAGGAGAUUAUGAUCCCGUGCCCAACAUCUACUCUGAUAACAUCUCCUCUUUGAUCCAGAUAAUGCUCUGCCUCAACCCAGAAAACAGGCCAACUGCGGCCUGUAUACUUAACAGCGCCUAUGUGCAAGAUCAUCUAGAGUCUAUCAAACAUACACAGGCCGACUGCGUUCCUGUGAAGAGCUGUGACAUUAAUAUAGAAGGACAAGUGCACAACAUGGAGGCCGGCUCUAGUGACGUGGAGGAGGAAGAACAUCAUGAUGCAUUGUUUGUUGGAGGACAAAACCCCUGUGACUGCCACUAUCCCGAGGACUUUGAUGAAGAUGAAAGUGUGUCCUCUCGCAGUGAGACCUCGGGUUCACCAAUGAGGAGCGAAUCUGCUGAACCUAUUGUGUUCCCAGAGGCUCCGGAUGUCUCGGAACAAGUGGAGUAUCCAGAUGACUUUGAGGAAGCCGAUGUGGAAGAAGAAUACGAGGAUGAAGCAGCUUUAAUUCCUCAGCAGCCGAAUGAUGAUGCAGCGGAGGAGGAGUUUCAGCUCUGUGAUGCUGGAGGAUUGACCGUCACACUGAAAGCAUUGAAGGAAAAGGGUUAAAAAAAGCAACCAUCAUUGUAAUGGACCGCAAUGUGAAAUAAAAGGACCAAAGCAGCCUGAACAGUGACAUAUCUGA